GUUCUCAUCAGCUAACUGCAAACUACCUGAAAUUACAGCGGUUAUAAAUAAUGACAUUUCAUACUUCAAUGUUUGAAAGAUAAUAGAGAAAACGUUAUAAGAUGAACGCACGUGCUUUAUAAGCCAAUUGAAACUGAAUAAGUACCUUGCUGAUGUCCUCGCCAACUGCAUUUAUAAAUUUACUUUCACCUGCGGCAGCAGGUACAUUGGAAGGACAGAAUGAAAGGCUUCUAUCCGGUCUUCAAAGCAUAUUCCAAGAAACUUAUGCUCAGAAGGAAGCAGAUAUUUACAAAGUGCAAUCACUAGACACCCACCAUGUGGAUGCGGGUCAUUUUGUCGAGAUUUCCAAAUCCUUCAAAAUAUUAAACAUACAAAGAACAGCGAAUCUACUACGAUUUACUGCUGAAGCAAUUACAGCAAUCAAACGUUUCAGAGCAAACUUAUGCACACAGACAGAGAGAGUUCAAUCAGUCUCUCACUCCCUUGGUAAUCGUAUUACUUUCAUUACACUGAUUAGUCAUACACACUAGUGAGCUCAGCUAAGCUCACCAAGCAAGUUUUCAAUAUGAUGAACUUUAACCUUCUUGAGUUGCAGUGUUGAAGUACAAGCUAACACUGUUUAUUGGAUUUUUCUGUCUUCU